UAAAUCGGACUGUUACAUUUUUCUCUAAAUCUUAAACUAACUACUAAACCCUAAAUCAGACGUGUAACUAGAGAAUUCCUGCAAGUCGGAAAGCCCCAAAAUUCAAAACCUAGAGCCACGCCUCUCUUCUUCCUCUGCUCAUAUUCUACCUACGAUGAAGACCGUGAAAGCCAAAGUUCUUUCUUCUACACCGAUACGAAUCUCCAAGGCGGCCUCGAUUCUCUCCAAGUUCGCUUCUACCGAGAACGGCGCGUCACAGGCCAUCGGUGCAUAUCUCCGACGGGCUUCUGACGCUUUCAACGAGCUCGCUCAGGUUCACAAGGAGAAGAAAUCAUCUUCUUCGAGAUCUCAUCGAAAAAAUCUCAGCGGUUACGAAACGGAGGCCACUGUCAAUACCCGGGCCCCCAAACAAAGUCAAGAACCGAUUCAGCCGGAACCUAAACCAGAGAAGUUGAGCCAAGAACCAAGUGGCGACGGUGAGGAAAUUGAGAGAAAGAGGCACAAGAAGAAGGGUGUGGAGAAGGUUGAAUUUGGGAACUCUUUCAAUGAAGAGGUAAUACUGGAAGCUAAGACAGUAGAGGCGACUCCUGUGCGUAGUGGGGUUGAUGGAAACAUUGACGCAGAGGGUGGGAAGAAGAAGCACAAGAAGAGGAGGAAAGAAAGGGGUGAUGGUGGUCAUUAUGAAGAGAAUAUAUUUGAGAAUGGGAAGCUAGAAACCGUAGUGAAAUUUGAGACUAAUGAUGUUGAGGCAACGGAAAGGAAGAAGAGGAAGAGUGUAGAGGUCGAAGAGGGAGGGGGAAUUGGGUCUGAGGAGCAGAGGAGUAAGAAGAAGAAGAGGAGGAAAAGUGGGGAUGGGGAUAACUAACUUUAAAUGUUCUCAUGUAGAAUCUUGCGAUUUGUUUUCUUGUUUUUGUUGGGCAAUCUAUGGUGUUGACUGCGUCGGAACUUGAGGGAAGUUUUGGGUAAUGUGUGCCAUGUGGUAUUGUAAAGCAUGGAGUUACAAUUGCAACGAAUUGGGUAAUGCUUAAGUUAUUCAUUUUCUUUCUUCCAUUUUGUCCUGUGAAAUUAUUGGUGCUGGUCAGUUUGAACUUUAGCUCUUUCAUGUUAAGAGAUUGUUAUUGGAAUUUCCCAGUGAUCAAUGUAGGAUUGUAGGGUAAUUGGUGAACUUUCAUCUUUGCCACAUAUGAAAUGAUUGUUGUGGAAUGAGUUGGUUUAUGCAUUGUUAGAAUCAAAACAAAUCUGGAUGGCACUUCUUUGAU